AUGGCCGUCCAAAGCAACGGCCAUGCCCGCAGUAACGGCACGCAUGGCCCAUCCGUGCGAUUUGCACCACCCAAAUCAUCCUCAUCCUCCUCGCGAAUGAACGGUGAUGAUACCGUGGAAGUCGAAGUGGAAGAAUACGACCAGCCAGAGUCCUCCCCCUAUGAAUCCCGCCGCGUGGUCCUUCUCCUCGGCCCCCACGAACGCAAACACUCGGUCCCCGAGUACUACCUCCGCCAAUCCCCGAUCUUCACCGACAUCCUCAGCACGUACCCGCACUUCAUCACGAAGACGGUGCCCUGCAUCCCCCUGCCGGACGUCGACGACGACCUCAUCCACACGGUCGUCCAUUACCUGCACACGGGCAGCUACCAGACGCUGCGGCCCGCGGGUGGCAGCGACUGGACCAAGACCGAGUACCGGCGCAGCGUGCUGGUCUACGGCGCGGCGGCCCGCUAUGAGCUACAAGGCCUGCAGACCCUGGCGCGCAAGUACCUGCAGAAGCUGGACACCCACCUCAGCAUCUUCGACGUGCUGGGCGUGGCCCGGAAGGUGUACGGCGGCGGCAAGGGGUCGACGAUCCCGGACUACGACCCCUGGUUCUUCGAGGUGUAUGUCCGCGGCAAGAUGGCCGAUGCCUUCGUCGAGGAUCGCGAUCUGUUCGAGCGCCCCCGGUUCCAGUAUCUGCUGGGCGCGGAGACCGGGUUCGAUCGGUUCUUGGUGCAGGCGCUGGUCUGGAUCUAUGAGGCGCGGAUUGCGGAGUUGGAGAAGCGGGCGAUGCGGAAUGGGGGUGGGUUGCAGUCGCGGGAUGGGUAUGAGGAUUUGCGGAGUGUUGGGGUUGGCGGUGAGAGGAGUGCGGUCGUGGCCGGGUUGGAGGAUAUCGCGGAGGAGUAUCCGGAUGAGCGGACGGUGGAGCUGGAUGACUUGGACGAGGUGGAGGGAGGGGUGUAUGAGCGACAAAAUCUGGAUGCACUUGCGGAAGAGAUGAUCGAGGAGCGCCCGCCGUCCAGUGCCCAUGUCUCGGAGGGCUAUCCUGCCUCGGUGGCCGAGGAACCAAUCGAAGACUUUCAAGACACCCAUGAUACUGCUGCCGCUGCCACUGCUGCCGCCACUGGCACCGAGGAAUACGAAGAAGAGCUCCCAGCCGAGAGGUACGCGCCCCUCGAGCAGCCAAUCAAGGAGGAGGAGCCCAUCCCCCAUGACGAUGACGACGACGGCGAUGAUGACAGAUACCACCGUGCUGAACCGCCCGAGACCGCCGUAGAUGACACCUGGAACGGGUGGGGGAGCUGGGCAGCCCGCACGAGGGAAUGGGGCUAUGCGACGGUCAUCCACGAGGAGGAGCCCUCUGGCACCGCCGGAGACCCCGAUCCAACUACCGAGAAGAACCCUCUCCCCGAGCUGGUGGCCGACGAGCCGCUGCCGGAUUACGCGGAGGUUCAGCCGGUGGUGGUGUCAGAGGAUCACCACGCCCACCAGGAGAACCAGAGCCCCGUGGAGAACGGCAAGAAGAAGGACCGCAAGAAGGACCGCAAGAAGCGGAACACCAUGAGCCGCACGCGGGCGUUGUUUUCCUCGGCGGAGGAGCAGCCGCCGCGCGAGCAGGCGGUUUUUUGA